CUGGACAGGCAUUGGAACAAGAAGCACUUCAUUAAAUCCCAAUGCGCCGAAUGUGGAUGGUUGGCAGCAGCCCCGCUUCGCUUGGUUGAACAUGCUUAUAUUGAGCAUUCUAAAAAAAUAUGUGGUUACUGCGGUGCUCAAGAUCCUCCAAUAGAUCAUGUGGCAGAUGCUCAUUGGCGACGUCUAAACAAGUCAGUGGCUCUGAAGAAGAAGGAUCGGAAAAAGACAGAGCAGAAGCCGAACAGUGAAAAAGUAGAGCAAGAUGUGGGUUUAUCAUGUGAAGAAGAAAAGGAAGUUAGCAGCGAUGAUGAAUCUGUCUCUGAUGGCUCACUAAAACUGAGAUGUGAGUAA